UCUACUAGUUAGUCCGACAAAUCAAAGUAAAACACUCGCGGAUAAUUCCUCUUCUGCCGUGCAAUAUCGUAUUUCGGAUUAACAAAAGACCUUCUUAAAAUUUUAUAUAACGAAUUAUAACUUGAUACUGCAGCCUCAAAAUGGUUUAUGAUUCUCCCGAUUUAAAUCGAGGAAAGUGGGAAAAACCCACUGACUAUAUAUUUGCCUGCUUGGGAUUAGCUUUAAGCCCUGAUAUCUUUGCGGUGUUUCUUUGGUGGUUCUCCAAUAUAAGCAAGUUUGGAAUAUUUAAUUACUUUGUGUACAUGGUGAUCUGUUUGGUUCCAAUCCUGCUCAUUCACUCCUUCGUGGGUCAGUUUUCCAGCAGUGGCUUUAUAUCCGCCUUUCGUCUUUCUCCUUUAUUUAAAGGCAUGGGAUAUGUGACCUUGUUUCUGACCAUCUCCAUAGUGAUUUACUACAGCAUUUUUGCUGCUUAUUCGCUUUUCUUCGUGGUGAACUCGCUUCGACCCACUUUGCCUUGGAGUUGCGAUGGAUACAAGUUUUGGCACAAAAAUAAUACUGCAGAAUUCACAACUUGCAACUUGACAGUACCUCAGGAUUUUGACUCAUAUGAGGAUCAUCCAAUGCAUAAUGCACCCUCCGAGCUGUAUAUUCAUAGCCAUUUUGCCAGUAUACAAGCGGAUUUCGAUCUAUAUUUAGAGGACUUAAAAAUACACUGGCAGUUUGUCGGAUUCUUCGUUCUAGUUUGGGCCAUGAUUGCGGUUAUAUUUUACAAGUUUAGAGAAACCGCCAAGUUUGGAAAGCUCAUGAGAUAUAUGGUUAUUGGAACACUGUCCGUUCUGUUGGUGUGCUUUGUCCGCUUUUCGUUUCUUCCAGGAACAUUUAAGGGCCUAACCAUAUUUGAGAAUGCGUAUCCCGACGUACAAGGCGUUGCAAUGGGAAUCGGCUCAACAUUAAUAUUGGUUGUACAUGCAUUUGGAGCUGGUUGGGGCAGUGUGAUAGCCCUGUCCAGUUUCAAUGGGUUCAGGACCAACAUAAUGUCGUACAGUUGGAUCAUCUCCUUUGGCCAGAUCUUCAUAUUCAUAAUGUUCGGAAUGGUUCAUUUUAUGAUUCAACACUACCGCAACGAGCCCAAAGGACCUUCGGGGUUCUUUAUAAUUAGGCUCGAUUGGGACUUGAUGGGGCAUACCAGUGCUCUGUCCACAUUGGAAUGGCCGAACCUCUGGACAUUUCUGUACUAUUCUAUGUUUCUGAUGGCUGCUCUUAUUGGAAUGUCGACUCAAAUCUUUACUGUCCUGCAAAGUUUGUUUGACGAGUUUGAAGAACUACGAAAGAGGAAAAUGCAAGUGACCUUUGGCCUAAUUGGAGGCCUGUCAGUCUGUUCCUUGUUCUUCUGCACGAAUCGUGGCAUUAGUUUAUUUUCUCACUUGGGUGUUGAUGCCAUUUUCACACACAGUGUGCUCAACUUCCUGCUUCUUUUGGUGGUUUUGUGGGUUUAUGGGCGGCAACGUUUCCAGCGGGAUAUUGAGUUCAUGCUGGGUCAGCCGUUUGCCUCCUGGAAGGUUUUCAUACUCCGCUUCAUAGCCCCCAUUAUUUUUCUGAUUGGUCUGUUUGCAGGAAUAUAUUUUUACAGUUUUUAUGACUUUGGCCUCUCCAUUAUAUAUAUUAUCCCUGUAUAUGGAGUUUACUACCUUUACCAGAGCAACGGCACCUUUAGUGAGCGGUUCAGGCGCACCUGUCGACCCACCAAUUGGUAUCCAGUUGAGAUGGACCACCGCCAGCAGUACGAGGAAGCUGCAGGCAAUACUGAGAUGAAGUCAGUGCUGAUAAGCUCUACUGGCGAACAAGAAGAUUCUCAAUGAACAAUGAAUGUAACUACAUGAGAAAGUUGAAUGCAUGACAUGGACAUCUAAUAAAUAAA